AUGCCAAGAGGUGCCCAAUUGGCUUGUCAGCAGGCUGUUGGCAAACUCUGGCUCCCAUUUCUUGAUACGUUUCCUUUACUCUGGCCUUCCAAAGUUUCUUCUCAUUUUCUUCUGGCUUUUUCUUUCAGCCCCCCACCUCCUCCACUGAAGAUUCACCACGUUCAGCAUGUUAUUCAAGCAGCUCCUCCAACACCCCCACCGCCUCCUGUCCCUGCACCCCUCCCUCCCCAAGCCCCCCCCAAACCUCUAGUGACAAUGCCACCAACCAGCACCAAGACUGUGCCACCUGUUGUGACACAAGCUGUGCCACCUACACCCACUCCUCCAGUUCCCCCAGCAAAAAAGCAGCCAGCUUUUCCCGUUUCUCACGUUCCACCCUCUCCUGCUGCUCCUGCGGGUCCAGUGCCCCCACCCACCUUUCCCAAACAUCAGAGCUUCUGUGUAAGACCGCCUCCCUCUCCGCUGUCCCCAGUGCCCUCCACAGUGAAGCAGAUAGCCAGCCAGUUCCCCCCGCCUCCCACCCCUCCCCCCAUGGAGUCGCAGCCCUUAAAGCCAGUCUCAGCCAGUGUAGCCCCACAGUCCCCUCCUGCUGUGAAAGCAAAACCCAAGUGGCAGCCCAGUUCAAUCCCUGUCCCUUCUCCAGAUUUCCCUCCUCCUCCUCCUGAGAGCAGCCUGGUGUUCCCUCCUCCUCCUCCUCCUCCUCCACCACCGCCACCACCACCACCGCCGCCGCCGCCGCCAGCCCCAGCCCCAGCCCCAGCCCCACCGCCACCACCAGUUACACCCACAGCUUCUCCUGCCCCUGACAGAAGUGGAUCUCCAGGCAGAAAGACCAGUAAGACGUCCAGCCCUGGGGGGAAGAAGCCUCCCCCAACCCCACAGCGGAACUCCAGCAUUAAGUCCAGCACUUGUGCAGAGCACCCUGAGCCUAAGAGACCCUCGGUGGACAGUCUAGUCAGCAGGUUUGCUUCGCCAGCAGAACUUUCAGGGUCUCCCAGCAAGGAGACCCCACCACCGCCUGCAGCACCCCCCAAACCUGGAAAACUAAAUCUUUCUGGAGUUAACCUUCCUGGAAUUCUCCUGCAGGGUGGUGUGGCAGCAAAAGCACCUGUCAUAAGUGGCCGUGGCAAGGACUCUGUGGCAGAAUUCCCUUCUCCUCCCUCAGACUCUGACUUUCCACCCCCUCCACCUGAAAUCGAGCUGCCUCCACCUCCCAUAGAGAUCCCAGCGGCGUUCUCGGGAAACACUUCUCCCAAAGUGGCAGUUGUUAAUCCUCAGCCACAGUCAUGGUCCAAAACGUCAGUGAAGAAGGCCCCUCCACCCACACGGCCCAAACGGAAUGACAGCACCCGCCUCACUCAAGCAGAGAUUUCUGAGCAGCCAGCCAUGGCCACAGUUGCGCCACAAGUGCCCACCUCGCCCAAAUCCAGCCUUAGCGUCCAGCCUGGAUUCCUGGCUGACCUCAACAGGACACUGCAACGAAAGUCCAUCACCCGGCAUGGCUCGCUCUCCUCCUCCCGCAUGUCCAGAGCAGAACCCACAGCUACCAUGGAUGACAUGGCAUUGCCCCCACCGCCCCCUGAACUGCUUUCUGAUCAACAGAAAGCUGGUUACGGAGGCAGUCACAUAUCAGGCUAUGCAACGUUGCGGAGAGGACCUCCUCCUGCUCCCCCCAAAAGAGACCAGAACACCAAGCUCUCAAGAGACUGGUAGUUACUGCAGGACUUUAUCAUCAUGGUGUCUGUAAUCAGUUCUACAAUCAGCUCACCUGAUCAUCUAGGAAGUCAGGUAUUCAGAGCCUCCUGGUAUGUUAUUCAGGUAGUGUCCCGCUGUGUGUGUGUGUGUGUGUGUGUGUGUAUACACACACACAGCUAUACAUAAGAUUUUGUGUGUGUGUGUGUGUGUGUAUAACUGAGAGUGAUUCUAUUUAUUUCUUUUCUCUCCUAAUCUGAAAAUGGGUUUUAUGUGUUUUGGGUGGAUGAGGCACGGAAGGGGAUGUGUGUCCUGUCCCUUAUGAUUUCUAUUAUCAUGUGGAUUGGACCAAAAAAAAACUUCUGAUGACUUAUGUAGAAGGUAUUUUUUAAGAGUCCAUGUAUGGCCUAUCUGUGCAUGUUGUAUAUUAUCUGUUAAGGAAUAGAUGUAUAAUGUGCUGUUUCUCAGUUUGAGAAGACAACCAGAAUGUUUGGUGUUAUCUGUGGGGCUUCUCUGUUCUUUCCCCCAGUUGGCUGAAGUUAGAACUGCCUGACUGACAUUUCAUUACUAUACAUAAAGGGGCACUUUAAAUCAGGAAAAUCUCUUCACUUCAUAGAACGGGUAAAUAGUGCAGUAUGGGGAAAUUUUCGGACACUAUCUGUACCUGGUUGUGCACAGAAAGUAAAUAUGCGGCAUAACUAAACCAUUCUGGUUGUAAUACUGCUGCAAUGAUCCCACCCGAAUCUAGGAUGUGCUCUGUCACAGGUAAGCUCUUUGCCUACCGUACAUUGAUAAUUUAGUACUAUAAUCCUGGAUAGUUCUUUUUAUACUGCUGGAAUCUUUUCAUGGGCUGUGUGACGCUUCAUCAAGCUUGGUGAUCCUUCUUUGACUUAUUGUGAGAAUAUUCAACACAAUACCUUGGAAUGCUCAGUCCCAGUAUGUCUUUGGGUCACCAGUUAUGUGCUUUAGGUAGCUGUUGAUAUUAGGUAUCUGUGGACAGUUGCUAUAUCAGAUAUACCCAUCCUGUGAACAGUACGGUGCAUCAUUAUGAAAAACAAAAACACCUUCUGAAAUGUGUCUUUUCUGUGUAUUGCUCUCUAGAAGGAUGGGGUGAUUAAAAGAGAACAAAACUGGCCCCUGUACAGGUAUCAUUAAUCAGGUCGUAUAUGAAUUGUAAUGUGUAAUACAAAGAAUUCCUUUAACUAAGGGACUAUCAUAAAGGGAGAGGGGAAAAAAUAAGGUUUGUUGAUACUAGAGCACACUAGGACCUUUGCCUGUUGUUGCCUGGUUGUGGAGAUUGGUCCAGGUGUUCUAAUAAAGAAGUGUAGUCCAAGUAUAGUAAGUGACAUGACAUAUUAUGCAUGUUCAACUUGGCAUAACAUGAAAUCAUUGCUCUAAUAACACACUAUAAUUCUGUAUGCUUCACACUACACUACUGUUUUUUUUCCUGUGAAUUUUCCUUGAUAUCUGAGAGAAAUGUGAUGAUAAAUUGUUAGGAAUGCAAUCUCAGAGCUGCUCUUAAAAGAAUAAAACCUAGCCAUCCCAGCAAUGGUAAAUGAGCACAUCUUGUAAUGAAAGUCUCUGCCUGUUGUAACUAAGGAUUGCCAAUGUAAAGUGCAAAAAUCUUUGACACUGUCCUGAAAGGAAAAAGUGAUUCCAAUGCAAUGGGGGAAGAUAGUAAAUAGUCCAAAAAAAAAAAAUUAAAGUUGUACUGUGUACACAAGACACCCAUAUAACCCAUUCUCCAAGAAAGUAUUGUGUCAUAAAGAGAAUUGGUGACACCUCUCCUUUGCCAUAUCUCCGGGAUAUUGUCCAAUAUAUUCAUGUGGUUAUAGAGCAAUAAGAAUAUAUAUACCAUCGUG